UAUUCGGUCAAUAGCAACAUAUUCAAUAAACUUAAAAUUAAGACCAUCAUAACAUUACAUAUGAGACUUGUUAAAAUUUUUUUUUGUGUAUACAAGAUCACAUGAUUAAUUUACUGAUUCUUUCGGAUGCGAAUUAAUUAGGAUAUUUAAUUUCUCUGUUACCGAGAGAUUACGGACGUAAUCACUGGUGAAAAUAUCUAUAUAAGAUAUAAUUAAAACUUUUAGACACUUAGGUUGACUGUUUUGGUAUUUAAAAAUGUUAAUGGUCGAUGGGCAAUGAAGAAUACACGCAAAUUCAUUUUGAUGAAAAAUAUUUACUGAUUCGAUCAGCUUAUUAGUGGAAAGUCCAUUUAUUUUUAAAACUUUUUGUCAUUUUGUUACUUUCAUGUUUGGAGAGUGUAGAUAUGUGAUUAGGUAUUUCAUUAUAAAUGAUUCUUUGUUAAGUAUGAGUCACAUACAAUGCAACGCCCUUAGAUUUCUUUUCCUAAAACAGGACUAAUAUUGCGUUUUUAAAGCGGUUCAGUGAAUAUAGAUAUAUAAGUGUUAUGACGAGUAUUUUAUAUUCAUAAAUUGAUUUGUGUUCAGUUUAUAAAUAUAAUUUAUACACAUUCUUUAUUAUUUACACAUACUACGCGCGCGUAUUCAAGCAUGGAUUUAAGAAUACAAUCGUGUUUAAGCAGUGUUGGUACAUUAAUUAUAUCAUAAGUAAGACACAGGAAUCUAUUGAAAACGUAUGAAAGUAGAUCUUCUCCAGUGGAACACAUUUCUCAGAAGUGCCGAAAAGACAAAUGCUUAAAGCGCCUUGUCAGAUGUAGAUGUAAAUGUGCUUAUGCAUUACUAACCUGUUGGCCGUUUCGUUUCAGGAAUGCAUGAAAAGAUGAGAAAAGAACCGUGUGAAAGACUGGUAACACAAGGCAAAAAUGAUGAACCCGAAUUUAGUGACCUCGACACUGGAUGGGCUUGGGUUGUUCUCUUUACAAGUUUUGGGACGUUUUGCUUGAUGGGAGCCACGCAGUUUGCGUCCGGGAUUGUUCAUAUGAUCCUCUUAGAGAGAUACCAAGCUAACGAGUCUUUGACCUCAUUAGUUGGGGCGUUACAUACAUCACUUAUUUUCAUUGCAGCUCCAGUGGCUGGUGUAGUGUUAGAUCGGUUCAGUUGUCGAGUUGCUAUAGUUUCCUCGGGUAUUUGUUUUGUCAUAGGAAGUCUUGGUUCAGCAUUCGCACAAAAUAUAUGGAUUGUUAUUCUAACCCGCGGUGUGGUUGCAGGUAUAGGUGGCGCUUUGGGACUAAUGGCCAGUAUGAUUGUCGUCGGAUUCUACUUCCGGAAAAGGAGAAAUUUGGCAAUAGGGUUAUCGAAUGCCGGCAUUGGCGUUGGACUUUGUGUGUUUGCACCACUAAUGCAGAAAAUAUACGACCACUACGGAUCUGUGGGAUUUUUUAUCAUCAUUGCUGGAAUAUUCGCACAAAUUAUACUCUUUGGAAUGCUUUCAUUUCCAAGUAAGCUUGAGCGGUAUGCAAAACUUCAACGUAGUAGAAAAUGUUUUGAAUCAACAGACAACCAUACUUUGAGUAACGGUCACCAGAGUUACCUUGAUGUACUGACCAAUAAGUCAGUGUUUUGUCUUAGCGUUGGAAUGUUUCUUUUAUGCUUUGGGACUUAUGGAUUAUACUUACAUUUACCGAACUACAUUGUAAGUAAUGGCUUUACACAGAUGGAAGCCGCAAAUUUGAUAUCUUUGUCCGGCGUUUUAACGAGUAUCGGAAGGGUGACAACCGGCGUUAUAGCUAAUUGUGGCAAUAUUAGGGAAGAUGUUUUAUACUGCCUACCAAUUUUAGUUCUCAGUGUGUUUACAUUUGUUUAUCCUUAUACAUCGUCGUAUUUUGCUGGAAAUGUUAUCUUUAUUGUGUUUCUUGGAUUAUUAUAUGGAAACUGUUACGUGCUAACGACAAGUAUGACUGUUAAAUAUGUUGGGAUCGCGAAUGUUUCUAAAGCUAUUGGUAUACAGUAUUUUUCAGGUGGCGUCGGGGCCUUAAUUGGACCUGUCCUCUAUGGAUUUCUUGUUGAUGCAGGGGGAACAUACAAGCAGGUAUUUUUGAUAGCAGGUUUCUGCAUAUUGAUGUCAAGUGUAAGCAGUGGAACUGCCUCUUGUUUCACUCCUGAUGUUGGAGCAAAUGAAUUAACUGUAAAUAUGGAAAAAGAAGUUGAAUCACCUUUUAACAAGAAAAUUGAUAAUUGUGCACAGUCUGAUUGA